AUGACGGGCGGUUCAUCGAAACACCCACCAACAGACCCGACAUCCGCGCCCAGUAUGGAUCAGUCGACUGGUAGCAAGCGUCGGUCGUCCUAUGGCCUGCGACCGCCCAAGCCCGAGGAGAAUAAGAUGGAGCUGGGAGUACCUGACAGACCCUAUAUAUGGUCGAAAGAAGCAACCAGGGAAAUGAUUACUGAGCCGAGGCCCGACAGACCCCAUGGUCAUAGCCUGCCCCUUGGGGAGCAACCGCUGAACGUUCCAUUACGAGAGCUAUCGGGCUGGAAUUCGGCUUCCAAAAUUGGGACCCAGUACGGCCAUUUCCUCACCACAAAGAUCCUCUGGAAGUAUUCCCAGGUUGAAGACCUGGCAAACAUGAAUACUGCGGUCUGCGAGGCUCUGGAUAUCCCCAAUUGGGCAAAAGCGACGGCUUAUGAGUAUGUCUCCGGUUAUGAAGAUUGGAGUCGGUUUAUCGAUCACAUCGCCAAAUAUCCGAUCGCAAAGCCUGGAAACCCCAUUCUCAUUGGAGCAUUCUCGAAUAUUCGAGAUCAGCAGUCGCGAAUAGAAGGAGCUUGUGUUGAGUUGUUUGGAGACAGACCACCCUCCCCGAUUGCCAAAAAGCGCAGAAGAGUCACCAACAUGUCUUUCCCCGGCCAGCUCAUGACGAGCGGCACGCCCAAUGCCUCCCCCGACCAGCUCAUGACGAGCGGCAGUACAACCCCCUUUACCGCGGAAAAACUGGAGCGGAUCACAAGGAGAUUACAAAACCUGACUCUAGAGAGCAGGGAAACCGAUAAUACUGGAGGUUUCACGGCGCUGGUGACUUCCAUUGGAGUAAAGACGCCGUUUGGCAAUUCCGAAGCCAAGAAGCGAACGCAUGAAGCGAAGAUCAAUAUGAGCUUCGUCAAUUUUCUUUACACAAUCUGCUUAUUACUGCCGACCGAGUUGAAGUGGGACAGUAUCCAGCAUCAUCUCAAAUUGCAUGUCGGUGAGGCUGAAUACAAAGCAAUCGUCGAUGGUGGUCUGGUAGAUCCCGAUGCGGAAAUGCAGGUCUUACUUGAAGUCAAGGCUAUGCAUCUGUCAUCGAGUUCGGUAAAGGAAGUCUUGAUGCAACAGGGACUUGAAAUGCUAGCAUGGAUUACCACAACGCUCGGUAUUCAAGGGUCAAAGGGACCAAGAGUUCAAAUAAUCGAUUCACCGAUCAGAAGAUGGGUGAUGUUAGCACAAUACGCUACACAGAUAUAUUUUGUUGUCGCUGAGCUGCAUGAAGAGUACAUCGAGUACCUGGUUAAAGGCACACGCUCUAGGAACCCCUUCGAUAGGAACGCACAUCUAACAAUGCGGCUACUGGGACCCUUCAGCAUUUAUUCCGCCGAAGAGAUGCGGGCCUUUGGUUUUCUUGUUGUCGCGCUUACCGUUGUCCAGCACCGGGAUUGGAAGAAGAGUAAGGAGGAUUAG